AUGACUUCACCCUUUCACAUCUCGAGGGGCCUCGACAUUUGCAUCUCAAGCGGUUCAUCCGGCAUCACAGUCACGCCUAGCAAGAUGCGCCCCUCGACUUGCAGCUCCACGCUACCGCUCAUAAGCCUCUUAUGGCUCGCCCUCACAAUCCACCUCGCACAGUCAUGGGGCUGGGGGCCGUACGACAAUGAAUGGAGGAAACAUAUCAAGCCUGUUCACCACCCGGAGCUCGUGUACCGUGUCGUCGUCCCGCGGAACGGAAGCACACCAACCUUCAGUGGCAACGGCACCCUGACCAGGACAAAUGCGACGGGCUCUAUUCCUCUGACCACUGCCAGGCCAACGCCUGUCGCCAACUCGAGUAUCGAUACCUCGUGCGGCGGGACCUCUCCCUUGUACAACCUCCAGGUAUCCCGGGCCGACGGGAGCAUCUUCAACGGGUGGUGGCUCAAGCUCUCAGGCAACCAGGCUCUAUUCACAUCACAAAAGGAGAAGGCGACCGGGUUUGGCAUCAACCAGGGAACAAAACAUCUUUGCAUACCGAAAGCCGGAGAUUUCCCAUUAAUCGCGAUUGUCGAGACGAGGCUUGACAUCGGCCCGCUUUAUUUCCUUGACGCCAACUUCUCGACGGGCUACAAGCCGGAUUAUGAGCCCCUUGAAUGCAACAGCUUGGGCGGCGAUGGUGGGGUCCAAAUGUCACUGGCGUACAAAAACAUCGCAGUUGACGCCUCACAGCCAGCCUUCCGGUCCUUUCCACUUCUCAGUAACAGUAACAUCACAGUGACUGAAGACUUCAUCAUGGUCCGCACCCGAAAGAAAGAGUACGACAAGGCACUGCGCCACCAGCAGCAGUCAGCAGCAGGGCAGACCACCAAUGUGGCUCCAGUUGCAUCGGAAGGCAAUGAAAAUGACGCGUCUGAAACGCUACUCUUUGGCAAGAAGAUGCACAGUCGGACAUUCACCAGAUUUAGAGAGCUGCCCAUCGAGCUGCGUUUGAUGAUCUGGAAAUUUGCCAUGGUUCCUCGACUCGUCAUGGUCAACUUCAAGGAUGCAGAGACGCGCAGCCAGGCAAGAAGACGCAAAACCCAACGGAGCAGCGAGAUUCAUGCCAUUCCUGCUUUGCUCGCAGUCAACAAUGAGGCACGAAAUAUCGCCAUUCGUACCUACACCUGGAGAUUUACCAUUUAUAUCAACUUACGCCACCACGGCCUUUUCGGGAGGGGUGAGUGGGAGCACGCCCGUGCGCGCGUCGUCAUGUCACCCGAGGACACCCUGGGAUUCUUUCGCUGCAAAGUCUACCACCGCCGGACAGUAUCUGUCUCGGGGUGUAAUAUCGAAGAACCAGACUCCAGCAGUCCAUGGGCCAGACACCCUACUAUCACAGUAUCACCAGUGUCGCUUCAGAAGGUGGCCAUAUUGGGCUGGGCCAUCAAGUCGAAUCCCAGGAUCGUCAAAGCUCUCAAUUCGAGCAUCUGGGAUCUGGAUUCGAUACUUCAUUCCGACUCUACCGGUGCUAGGACUUUGCGUCCGCCGCAUGGUCCUUGGCAAUGCUAUGACGAAUUGGCGGAGUUCCACGAGAAGCGCAACAUCGUGAUUCGAACCGCCACAGAGGACAAGAGCUUCCGAGAAUGGGCAGAAAAUUAUGUUGCAACACGUCGUCCGUAUCACACGAACCCCUAUCAGAAGGUCAAGAAUCAGGACCUCGACAUCUUGGCCUGCGAGUUCAAGAAUGGGAAGCCAGGUGCGGUGAAGUGGUCGACUUUCCGGGACAUGCUGUCUUCGGUGCACACAUGA